GCCGCCACGCCAGAUUGAGUCCAGACGCUUUCCAAUUAGUCUAAACUUCCGCUCACGUCAUAAAUGGCUGAUGAAGGCCUGCUGAAAACCUGCCAAGCGGCAAACACGUAAUUGAGAAUAGAAAAUAUUGUUCUGUGUAAUUAAUAUAAAAUAUAUAUAUAAAAUAAUAAUAAUCCAGUAUGUCCAAUGAAGGAGCAAAGAAGAAAGGUAAAGUGCCCGGGGACAAAAAAGCGUCUAAACGGAAAGCAAAGAGGAGGGAGACUUACGCAGUGUAUAUCUACAAAGUUUUGAAGCAGGUUCACCCCGACACCGGUAUCUCCAGCAGGGCGAUGAGCAUCAUGAACUCGUUCGUCAAUGAUGUGUUCGAGCGCAUCGCUACGGAGGCCUCGCGGCUCGCUCACUAUAACAAGCGGUCGACCAUCACGAGCAGAGAGGUGCAGACCGCGGUCCGGCUCCUGCUGCCCGGAGAACUCGCCAAACACGCAGUGUCCGAGGGCACCAAGGCCGUCACCAAGUACACCAGCUCCAAGUGAGCGCCUGUGAGCUGUCCGAGAGCCAGAGGAGCGCUUCAUUCGUCAAAAAAAAAACAUGUUUGCAAUCACUCCUCAAUAUUAAUAAAUGCACACCAAAAAAAAUCAGUGCAGCUGUUCAUUAUACUGAAUUAAAUGACUGCGGAGGAGAGACUAUUGAUUGACCGUACCAUAUGUACAAUGAAUGUCAUGGCACUUGCAUUGUAUAUGUCCACGAACAUAGGAAAGCCAUUAUGAGAUUUGUUAGUAAAAUAUGGCUAUAUUAAAGUGGAGUUACUGUGUUCAGUAAUCUGUAAUGAAGUCAUGACUUUACACAAAUGUUAGUUGAUGCAUAAGAUGUAACUGGAUUAAAUAUGAUUUAGUUAGCAAGAAAAGUCCGAAUUUUUCGUUAAAUGUCUCUAAUUUAAUAAAGGGUUUCUAGAAUGCUGUAAGUAACAUCAUGCAGACCAGAGCCCUCUAGGCCUGUGACCCUGAUCACGCUGCAAUGUUGUGUUUUUGCCACUAGAUGGAGUCAUUUUAACACUAUUGAGAUUGGAGCAGAGAUAUUCCCGCAGCAUUCACAGAAUCUCCCUCAUUUCGACUUUUAUUCAGGACUUUUUAAGAAGGGGGCAGCAUUUUCAUAUUUCAUAUCACACCGUUUACCUAUUAUUAGUACUGGCAAAGUAUUACAAUUACGUUAAGCACA